AUGGCCCACCGUGCGCGCGACCAGGGCCGCGUGCCCGUGACCCAGGCCACGGUGCUGACGCUGCCCCCGAACAGCCAAGCAAAGGACCUGAGGCCCGGGCAGACUCCCAUGGACUCCCUGUUGGGGGGGGCGUUUGCUGGAGCCGUGGCCAAAACGGCCAUCGCACCUCUUGACCGCACCAAGAUCAUCUUCCAAGGCAAGAACAACUUGUCCUCAAAAAGAUUUUCAGCUAAGGAGGCCUUCAGGCUCAUCUACUGCACGUACAUGAAGGACGGGCUGCUCAGUCUGUGGAGGGGGAACUCUGCCACCAUGGUGCGGGUCAUGCCCUACGCCGCCAUCCAGUUCUGCUCACACGAGCAGUACAAAAAGCUGCUGGGGGGCCACUACGGCUUCCAGGGAAAAGCUCUGCCCCCUUUGCCUCGUUUCCUGGCCGGGUCCCUGGCCGGGACCACCGCCGUCAUGCUAACCUACCCGUUGGACAUGGUGCGAGCCAGAAUGGCCGUCACGGCCAGAGAAAUGUACAGCAACAUCAUGCACGUGUUUGUGCGCAUCUCCCAGGACGAAGGCGUGAAAACCCUUUACAGAGGCUUCACCCCCACCAUCCUGGGUGUCAUCCCAUAUGCAGGGAUCACAUUCUUCACUUACGAGACCCUAAAAAAACUACACGCAGAGAGGACGAAUCGGGCCCAGCCGUACGCCUCCGAGCGGCUGGCCUUCGGGGCCUGCGCGGGCCUGAUCGGUCAGUCGGCGUCCUACCCGCUGGACGUGGUGCGCCGGCGCAUGCAGACGGCCGGCGUCACCGGCUCCUCCUGCGCCACCAUCCUGGGGACCAUGCGCGAGAUCGUGACCCAGGAAGGGGUCCGGCGGGGGCUGUACAAGGGCCUGAGCAUGAACUGGGUCAAGGGGCCCGUGGCGGUGGGCAUCAGCUUGACCACCUUCGACAUCACGCACAACCUCCUGCUGAAGUUCCACCAGAUGGGCUCCUUCAUCCACUGA